UGGAGCUCAACAUUCAGGGCGCGAUGUAGGGGAGGCUGGUGGCACCCGCUGCUGUGGUCUUGCCCCCAUGCCUAGAGGUAGUGGGUACUGAGCCAGCUGCGCGACGUGUGGUGGGGAUGACCCUGCAUACCCGGGGAAAGCCUGCUGUGCGAGCCCUGCCGGCCCGCGCUCCCAGGGGUGGAGGGUCGGUCUUUUCAACUCAACCAGAACAUAGAAUUUAAGCCUUCGCUCAGAAGCGUAUGGUAGAACUAAAGCCUAUGAUAACUAAGGGUCACCUGACAUUGUGAUUGGCUAAUAAUCCCAGGACAAAAUUACUACUCAAGCAUAAGACCGCUACAAAGAUGUUUAAUAUAAAAGCUUGGGCUAAGUAUAUUGUAGAAUGGCCUGCAAAGGAUCCAUAUGGCUUCCUUACAACAAUUAUUUUGGCUCUUACUCCACUGUUUUCAGCAAGUGCUGUACUGUCCUGGAAAUUGGCCAGGGUGAUCGAGGCCAGGGAAAAGGAGCAAAAGAAGAAACAAAAACGUCAAGAAAAUAUUGCAAAAGCUAAACGACUAAAAAAAGAUUGAAGAAAUGGACAGGCUCUGCAACCAGAGGAAAAUCGUUUGGAAAAUUAUGCAGCUUUG